GGGGCUGCCCUCCCCCCCCUUUCCAGGUUCCCUUCCAGAAUGGCUACACCUGGGGAGGCCUUGAUGGCCCGUCCGCUCUGCCUCAUCGAGAACCGCCCGGACGGGAGGCUGGUGCUGCAAGAGGAGGCCCUGGCAGUCCUGCAGCGCAUCCGGAAGCCGGUGGUGGUGGUGGCCAUCGUGGGGCCCUACAGGACCGGGAAGUCCUACCUUAUGAACCGCCUGGCGGGCCAGCGGAAGGGCUUCUCCCUGGGGUCCACGGUGCAGGGCAACACCAAGGGCAUCUGGAUGUGGUGCCGCCCCCAUCCCCACCGGAGUGACCACACCCUGGUGCUGCUGGACACGGACGGCCUGGGGGACGCAAACAAGGGCAACACGCAGAACGACGCUUGGAUCUUUGCGCUGGCCAUCCUGCUGAGCAGCACCUUGGUCUACAACAGCAUGGGCACCAUUGACCAGAACGCCCUGGAUCAGCUCCACUACGUUUCUGAGCUGACCCAAAAGAUCAGAAUAACCUCUUCCAGGGACCAAAGCCAAGAGGACGAGGAUUCCUCAGAGUUCGUCCGCUACUUCCCGGCUUUCAUUUGGGCCGUGAGGGACUUCACACUCGUUCUGCAGAUCAACGGGCGCCCGGUCAGUGAGGACAGCUACCUGGAGCACGCCCUGAAACUGCAGAAUGGUGACACAGAUCAGAUCAGGAGGAGCAACCUGCCCCGGCUGUGCAUCCGCAAGUUCUUUCCUUCCCGGAAGUGCUUCACUUUCGACCGCCCAGCAAGCAGGAAGAAGUUGCAGCGUCUGGAGGAGCUGGAGGAGGAAGAUCUGGAGGAGGAGUUCCUGGAAUCCAUGACCCGUUUCUGUGACCACGUCUGGGAGACCUCCAAGCACAAGACGGUCCCCGGGGGCCAGGCCGUGACAGGAGCCAUGCUGGCAAACCUGGCAAAGGCCUACGUGGGCGCCAUCAACAGCGGGGAGGUGCCCUGCCUGGAGAACGCGUUCCUGGCGCUGGCUGAGAUCGAGAACGCAGCCGCCGUGCGCGAAGCCCUCUCCCGUUACGAGGAGGAGAUGCAGAGGCGGGUGGUGCUGCCCACAGGAUCCGUGGAGGAGCUGCUGUGGACGCACGCCGAGUGCGAGAGAGAGGCUGCCGGGGCGUUCAUGGCACGCGCCUUUGGGGCCAACAUUAAGAAGUUCCAGGAUGAACUCACGCAUGAGCUGAACCGGAAGAAGGAGGAAUUCCGCCAGAGGAACGAGGCCGUGUCCUUUGACCGCUGCAUGGCUGCCCUGGAGAACCUCUCGCAGGACCUGGAGAGCGGGGUCCGCGCGGGACGCUUCUCGGUCCCCGGAGGCUACCAGCAGUUCCUGGAGGAGCAGCGCCAAAUGGUGGAGAAGUACCGCUUGCUGCCAGACAAAGGGGACCAGGCAGACAAGGCGCUUGAGGGGUUCCUGAAGUCCAAGGAGACGGAGGCCAAUUCUGUCUUGCUGGCGGACAUGGCCCUGAGCGAGAAGGAGAAGGAGGUGGAAGCCCAGAGAGUGCAGGCUGAAGCCGCGCAACGGCAGCAAGAGCUUGUAGAGCAGGAGUUGGCCCGGAAGAAGCUGCUGACGAAGGAUCAGGAGCGCAGCCAUGAGGAGCAGAUCCGGCUGCUGAGGCAGAAGGUGGGGGAAGAAAAGGAGUGGAUGAGGGAGGAGACCGAACGCAUCCUGCAGAUUAAGCUCCAGGAACUAAAGAAACUUCUGGAGGAAGGAUUUAAUCAGAAGUCCAAAGCUAUGGAAGAUGAAAUGCGGAAACUGAAGGAAAAUAACAAUUCCGUAUUUGCGACUUGUAUGGCAACCAUUGAGAAAGCGUUCCCAUACCUGAAGCCCCUGGCAGAUCAGAGGAUGCAGUCCUACAUGUUUCAUAAGAUGGCAAAAGCAGCGAACGCAGCAGAGCCUCCCAAAGGGGCCUGGCCGACAAAGAAGUAGCGCCAGCCGGGAGGGAUUGGGGCCCUGCUCUCCCGCACUGCUUUGCUUUCCCAGCUGCCUGCACACAAAUAGAAUCCUAGAAUCCUAGAGAUGGAAGAGGCCCGGUGGGACAUCAUCCAGUCCAACCCCAUUCUGCCAAGAAGCAGGAAUAUUGCAUUCAAAGUCCUCCUAACAGGUGGCCACCCAACCAAUGCUUCAAAGCCUCCAAAGAAGGAGCAUCCCUCCACCACACUCCCUCAGGGGCAGAGAGAGAGAGAGAGAGAGGGUGUUCCACUGCUGAACAGCUCUCUCUCUUACACACACACACUGUCUGGAAGUUCUUCCUCGUGUUCAGGUGGAACCUCGUUCCUUUCUUGUAG